GCCUGCUUAGGAUUCGGCAGCAAGGACUUACCCUAAUUAAUAACUGGUUUCCUAUCAUUGGGCAUUGAGGUGGUUUCUAAUUUUUGACAAUUACACACUCGGCUGUGAUGAAUAUCCAAUAAGCUAAAUAAAUCUGUGCUGGUACUCAACACAGAGGUCAAGAGGCAUAUUUUCAGGACCUCUAAAGCAUAAGGAACUUGCCAGUAGUUGUAACUGGAAGCCUUUUGGCAAAGGCCCCGAAGACUGGCUGAGGCCGAGGACUGUGCCUCAGCCGCUGAGCUCGUCCACGGUCAGUGCGCAUCGGCCCAGCCCCGUCACAGUGUGCAGGCUGACUGUGUCCCUUGGGACCACUGGGCUCGCAUCCUCCUCUCACACGUGAGGGAACCGAGGCCCUGGGGCCAGAGAUGGUCCUGCGGUGGCUUCGCAGCUGGGCCAGGCUCUGCCUCCCCCCCCCCGGCACCCUGGAUUCCAGACUGGAAACUGAGCUCUGAGAUCUGGCAUCGGACCCGGAAACCCUGGAAAUGCUGCCUGGGUUCCUUUACCAGACCCUUUCCUGCUGAGGCUGGAGAGGAGAUUCAGGCCCUUCUGCAAAUGAUCUGACCAGUAAAGGGGAGGGUGUGGAAAGAAGACCUGAGGUUCACCCCACAGGCAACUGGACAUGCCCCACCCAGAACCUCCUUUUUCCCCCCUCUAAUGCGGGUGGUAUCCUCAUGGCAGUCACCUUGUAUCAGGUCCACCUGGCAAAUCUCUUUGAGGUUGGAGCUGAAAUAACCUGCGAAUCCCUCACUCGCCUUAGCCGAGUCAGCUGUCCCUUCUCGCUGGGACCGGCUUUUGCUAAGGGCCAGUCUACUCAGCCCUCUGUGCCUGAUAACUUGAUGCGGUUUCCAGCCAGCUUCCCUCCUUCCCCCUGUCUGGUGCUGCCACUGCCUUGGGGAAUUCGCACAAAUGGUGUGUGAUUUGCCCCUUCUGUGUUUUCCUUUCUGACUUGGAGGUAAAGAAAACCCCUCACCCCCCACUGACUCUCUGUUUAUUCAACUGGGAGAGAUUUCACACCCAGGAACACAGCUCUCUCCCCUGAGCCCUUUUCCUAAAUCUCCAUCCCCCAACCCCCUGCCCCAGGUAUCCCAUUCCUGCUCUUCCCUGAAUAAUUUAUUAGUCCAGGCAGGCCUUAAAAAGGGUCUCCCAGGAAAGGCCAAAAGAGUGCGGGCUGUUCUGAGAAGUAGGAGCCCCCACAUUCUGCUUGGCCGUGACAUGCACACACUAAGGAUGGACCCCACUGCUCCCGCGGCCGCUGCCACCCCAGCCCUGACCCUGGCCGCGGCUCCAGCCCCAGUGCAGGACCCCCUGGCACUCCUUGGUCUGGGAAGCCCAUCGCCCCUUCUCUCCUCUGGGCAAGAAGUAGAUGGGAGUGAAAGAGGAGCUUGUCUUUGGAGGCCCUGGCUGUCCUCUACAAACGACCUCCCAAGGCAGGUGAGGAAAUCGGUGGGUUUGGCCACUGGUGGGGCAACAGGUGCCAAGGUCACCAAGGCUGACUCCGAGUUCCAUCACCCUGUCAGGCUCUUCUGGCCUAAAUCCCGCUCCUUUGACUACCUGUACAGUGAUGGGGAGAUUUUACUGCAGAACUUCCCUGUCCAGGCGACCAUCAACCUCUAUGAGGACUCAGACAGUGAAAAAGAGGAAGAAGAGGAGGAAGAGGAGGACAAAGAAGAUGAGGCAGAUGAAAAGGGGCCUGAAGGGGGUGUGAAGGUACCAGGGUCAGCUCCACAGAUGGCCGCGGCUCCUCCUCCUUUCCUGCCCCAGACCUGUCCCAUCUGAGCCGGUGAGAGUCUGACUGGGGUUCAGCAUGCCUAGCAAGGCUCCAGGGCAUCAAUUAGCCAGGAAUCUCCAGGCACGGGUCUCUGGAUUGAAAGUUGGGUCCCCAGGUCACAAGCUCACCUGGGCUAUACCCAACUGGCCUGUGAGCCCGGGGCCUCCAGCAUCUCAUUGGGUUGCUGUUAUGUUGACAGUGAGAGGGUCCCAGGAACUCUAGGGGAAGGAAGACUUGCUUUAUGAAGCCCCCAGGAAGCAGAUCAAGACAGGGCAUGUGCAUGAGGAGGGGAACUGUCACUCCUCAGGGCUCUUUGACUCCCCAGUCUUGCAGGUGGUCACCCAGUCCUGUCUCCCAGUGGAAUGCCUGACUUCUGGCUUCACCUCCAGGGAUACAAUACCAACACCUGACCCAGGCACAGCUGGGGUGCCUUUCUGAUGGACCUGGCAGGAAGGGAAGGGGCCAUCUAGAGAAUCGGCUUGCUUUGGGGACCUCCCCCUUCUUGCCUGUUAUCUACUGGGGUCUGUGUGUUGGCAUGAGA